UCGUGACGAUGCGCAAAGUAUCCGAAGUGUUCUCGAAGUGACAAGCGGAAGUCAAAGUCGAUCAUGAAGAUCGUGCUCGGGGUGCUUUUGAUUACCGUGGCGAGCGCGUUCGAUCCCCAUGACACCUAUUCGUGGAAACGCAGAGAGGAUUGUAAGAUCGCGGCUGCGAGCCGAUCGAGCGUGCCCGUCAAAAUUAAAGACACUCGUCUGCAGCGAUCCAAUGUGUAUCGGUCGAGAUCGUCGAACUCGCGAGAGGAUAAAGCUCUCCAAGACUCACCGAAAAGAUUUGCGAUGGUCGAAGAUUCGAACGAGCAUCAUGAUCUCUGGAAAUCCGAAGCCACUAGGACGAGGCAGGAUCUAACGCGCGAGAAUCGAGCCAUCGAGAGCACUCUGAAGAACGUGGUAGGCAGACCAUCCAAGGUCGAGCAGUAUCAGUACUUUUCUAAUUUUCCAUACGACGGUGAUGAAUCCACCGACGCCAUAUUGGAGGACACAGAUCAUCCGAAGAGUUCGGUGUUUUCCACAGAUACCCAAAAUCAUUUCUUGAAUCAUAAUACAGAAGAGGCGGAUUGGAGCGGGCAGAAAGUGUUCGAAAAAAAUCCACAGAAUGAAGAAAUAAAUAUCCAGGAAUUACUGAAUGAAAUGAGACAAAAGAGAUUGAAUGGAGUAAUUGAGGAAAUGGUAGAUGGGCAUCGUCAGAGCAGAGAUAGGAAGCUAACUAGCCAGCAGCAAGGCGCUUUGCUGGUGGAGACACUUAGAAAGAAGCGAAAUCACACCAGUGAUCAUCGAGGACACGGCUCUAAUCUCCAGAGCGGCCUUAUGGAUAUGUUGGGCAGAAUGAUACCGCAAACGUGCAAGUACAAAGGUGCAAAAUUCGAGUGCGGUCUCAGCAUUAGCUGCGUUCUCGGUGGCGGUCGCCCUGUCGAUCUCUGUUCCGGGGGUUUAAUAUGGAGCUGCUGCGUGGACGACGAUGACAUACCUGAACAAGCGUCGCGACCGACCGUGGGUUUGCUACAGAAUGCCACAUUUUCCAUAAAUCUCGGGCAUCAACAGCCAUACGUGGACGACGACGUACACAUUUACAGCAACGCGGUAAGGCCCAGCAGGCCCUCGCAUAGCCACGAGACUCAUCGGCCCACGUACGUUGGUGGCGUCAGUAAUCCUACCAACCAUUACGAUUCGUCUUACGCGAUCUGGAAUCAUGAUCGGCCGAACGAUCUCGCGGUCGGCCACGACCGGCCAACGUAUGUCACUCGCCCGUAUCACACGGUUCCAGAGUAUCCGCAGGCCGAGUACGACGGCGGCUAUCCGCCCGCCGCUUCCGACGGGUCGAUCGAGGACUCGUCUAACGCCAUGGACUACUCCAGAUACCGUGGCUGUGGAGAGCUGUACAUGAGGAGCAACAGGAUCGUAGGUGGACACUCGUCCAGUUUCGGCAGUCAUCCGUGGCAGGCUGCCAUUAUCAAGUCGGGAUUCUUACAAACCAAGAAGCUAUCUUGCGGUGGCGCCUUGCUGAAUAACCGAUGGGUGGUUACUGCGGCACACUGCAUCGCGACAACACCAAAUAACAAUUUGAAAGUUCGACUUGGAGAAUGGGACGUUCGGGACCAAUCAGAACGGCUUCUCCACGAAGAAUACAAUAUCGAGAGAAAAGAGAUACACCCGCAAUACUCUCCUACCGACUAUCGAAAUGACGUGGCUUUGGUGAAGCUAUCCCGGAUGGUAGCUUUCAAGCAGCACAUCGUCCCGGUUUGCCUGCCGGCGAGGAAUUUGAAGCUCUCCGGCCGAACCGCAACCGUCGCUGGUUGGGGACGAACCAGGCAUGGUCAAACUUCGUCGCCGAGCGUUCUUCAAGAAGUCGACGUCGAGGUAAUACCGAACGACAAAUGUCAGAAGUGGUUCAGAGCAGCAGGGAGGAGAGAAACCAUUCAUGACGUAUUUCUUUGCGCAGGAUAUAAACAAGGCGGACGAGAUUCUUGUCAGGGUGAUUCGGGUGGACCGCUCACAAUGUCGGUGGAAGGCAGACACGUUCUGAUCGGUUUGGUUUCCUGGGGCAUCGGUUGCGGUCGCGAGCACCUACCUGGUGUAUACACCAAUAUCCAGAAAUUCGUGCCCUGGAUCGAUAAGGUUAUGAGCUAAAGCUGGAACGCUCAGUCCUUCGAUGGACGAGUUGAUUUACUCAAGAAAAAGAAGAAAAAGCAUGGAAGAGGACACGAAGUUACCAAAGUCUUAUCUUGCUUUUUUAAGGACUUUUACAAUCGUGCUCGAUUAUGGAGAAUUGGCACUCUUUCAAAAGUGCCAAAAAGCAUGACGCUUUUCAAAGUGUUGUCGCAUGAAGAUCGCUAAGUACAUUUGAAACUGGCAAUGAAAGGUUAAUCAAAGAUUAAAGUCAAUGUAUCUUAAUGAUUAAUUGGCCACACUAGGAUGAAAUUGUUGAGAUGCUAAUUAGUAGUAAUAAGUAAGAAGAGAUAUUUAAUAUAAAAAUAAUAUAAGCUAUUUGUAAGCUUCGUUGUUGUUAUAUUCAUAUUAUCUUACAAAUAAUUUAUUAUAUCUAUUAAAACAAAAACAUUUAUUUCGAAAUUUAAAAGCAUUUUUGUCUUUGCAUU